CUGGAUUUCCACGAGUUUCAAGAUCACAUAUAUGUUCUAAUGUUUGGUAAAUUCGGUAGAGGUUUCCGUAAUCUUUUCUCGUUUUAGAGAUGGGACUCGAACCCGUAGCUAACUCCUAUCCGGGGAAAUUAUUUUGCCACUGCCUGUGAAACACAUGAAGAAACACCCUAUUCCAUGACAUUUUUACACACUCUUCGUGAAAAACCCUGAUAAAUUUUGACUUACCUCGAUAAAUCAUUCCACCAGUGACAUUUCGUAGACGUUUGAAUGAAUCGCUAGAAAAUCGACUACCCAGUAGAAUAUCCAAUAAAUAAUCCACCUAUCAACGGGAUUGGAAAACGAAGAAUUUAUUGUUGUUCGGAUUUCUUCGGCGAAACUUGAUAAAAAGUACCCCCCUUCAAUGGAAUGGAACAUUUUCUUCCACACGCUUAGUCAACCGACAGCCGAUAGCAAGUCCAAUAUAUUCUGAUAAUCUUUGCUGGACAACCAACAAUACACAGUAUGCGAGCGAUAAGGAACUGUUAUAGUCAAACCAUCUGAAGAUUAUCCAGCUCAGUCGAACGCUAAUCGUCACCGGAAUCAGAUGGUUGAAGUCGAAAUGGUCGAUAACUUGAAGAAUUGUCUAGUGCUUUUGGCCGUACUGUUGGCCGUUGUUGGUGCGGAAGAGUUUAAAGACAAAGAUCGCUGCAAAGGGUUAGCGGAUGGAACCCUACUGCCGGAUCCGGAAAAUUGUCGCAAGUAUUACGAGUGUAAGAAGGAGGAAGCCAAACAUAAGACCUGUGCUCCGAAACAUAAAAGUUUCGACUACAUCCUACUGAAAUGUGUCGAUACGGAAGAAGCUAGAUGCUACGAUAGCUCGGUAACUACGGUAGAACCGACGACGAAAGCACCCGAACCAUCGUGCGAUGUUCUUGAAGAUGGAACGCGUCUACCCGAUCCGGACAACUGCCGAAAGUAUUACGAGUGUAAGAAGGGAAAGGCCAAACAUAAGACGUGUAGUCCGAAACAUAAGAGUUUCGACUACAUCCUACUGGAAUGUGUCGAUACGGAGGAAGCUAGAUGUUACGAUAGCUCGAUAACUACAGUAGAACCGACAACGAAAGCACCCGAACCAUCGUGCGAUGGUCUCGAAGAUGGUACUCGUCUACCCGAUCCGGACAACUGCCGGAAGUAUUACGAGUGUAAGAAGGAGGAAGCCAAACAUAAGACCUGUGCUCCGAAACAUAAAAGUUUCGACUACAUCCUACUGAAAUGUGUCGAUACGGAAGAAGCUAGAUGCUACGAUAGCUCGGUAACUACGGUAGAACCGACGACGAAAGCACCCGAACCAUCGUGCGAUGUUCUUGAAGAUGGAACGCGUCUACCCGAUCCGGACAACUGCCGAAAGUAUUACGAGUGUAAGAAGGGAAAGGCCAAACAUAAGACGUGUAGUCCGAAACAUAAGAGUUUCGACUACAUCCUACUGGAAUGUGUCGAUACGGAGGAAGCUAGAUGUUACGAUAGCUCGAUAACUACAGUAGAACCGACAACGAAAGCACCCGAACCAUCGUGCGAUGGUCUCGAAGAUGGUACUCGUCUACCCGAUCCGGACAACUGCCGGAAGUAUUACGAGUGUAAGAAGGAGGAAGCCAAACAUAAGACCUGUGCUCCGAAACAUAAGAGUUUUGAUUACAUACUGCUGAAAUGUGUCGAUACGGAAGAAGCUAGAUGCUACGAUAGCUCGGCAACUACUCCGGAGCCCAGCACUACGACUACGGAUGCUCCGGCGGUGACUACGGAGAAACCUACUCAGAUGUGCGAAGAUCUAGAAGAUGGAACGCGUCUGCCCGAUCCGGAAGAUUGUCGAAAGUAUUACGAGUGUAAGAAGGGAAAGGCCAAACAUAAGACGUGCAGUCCGAAACAUAAAAGUUUUGAUUACAUACUUCUGAAAUGUGUCGAUACGGAGGAAGCUAGAUGCUACGAUAGCUCGGCAACUACUCCGGAGCCCAACACUACGACUACGGAUGCUCCAACGGUGACUACGGAGAAACCUACUCAGAUGUGCGAAGAUCUAGAAGAUGGAACGCGUCUGCCCGAUCCGGAAGAUUGUCGAAAGUAUUACGAGUGUAAGAAGGGAAAGGCCAAACAUAAGACGUGCAGUCCGAAACAUAAAAGUUUUGAUUACAUACUUCUGAAAUGUGUCGAUACGGAGGAAGCUAGAUGCUACGAUAGCUCGGCAACUACUCCGGAGCCCAACACUACGACUACGGAUGCUCCAACGGUGACUACGGAGAAACCUACUCAGAUGUGCGAAGAUCUAGAAGAUGGAACGCGUCUGCCCGAUCCGGAAGAUUGUCGAAAGUAUUACGAGUGUAAGAAAGGAAAAGCCAAACACAAGAAAUGCACUCCAAAACAUAAAAGUUUCGAUUAUAUAUUGCUGAAAUGUGUUGACACGGAAAAAGCUAGAUGUUACGAUUCUUCGGUAACUACGGUUGGUCCCAAUACUACUACUACCACUACCGGAAAGCCAGAUACUACAACGACGAAGAGACCGUGGACUACGACGACGAGGAGACCGUGGACUACGACGACAAAGAGACCGUGGACUACGACGACGAGGAGACCGUGGACUACGACGACAAAGAGACCGUGGACUACGACGACGAAGAGACCGUGGACUACGACGACGAGGAGACCGUGGACUACGACGACGAGGAGACCGUGUACUACUACUACUACUGAUUCAACUACUCUAGCCCCAUCAACAACAACAAUAACAACGGAGGAACCAACCACAACUACAGAGGAACCGACAACAACAACGAAGGAGACGACAACAACAACAGAACCGACAACAACAACGGAGGAACCAACCACAACUACAGAGGAGCCGACCACAACAACAACAACAACGGAGGAGCCGACCACAACAACAGCGCUACCGACGACGACCUCCACCAGACCACCGAUCAUAACGACGAAUGCUCCGACGCCUACUUAUCAGCCCACGUGCGGCGAUGAUUUCAGUGGCCUACUGCCACACCCGAAGGACUGCACCAUGUACUACGUGUGCCAUGUCGGCGAGGACGCCAUCUUGAUGCACUGCAUCGACGGGUACAUUUUCUACGUGCCGUUCGGGGUUUGUCUGCCGGGAGAUGGAGCCACGUGUGAACUACAUCAUAAUUAAACAAUUCUCUAUUUCAGGUUUUUUUUUUAUUCGGAAUAAACUUUCUUAUUUGAUACAGCAUUGAAAACCACUGGUUGAUAUUUGUAAAUUGACUUGGUCCUGCGGGGGGAAACCUUCGUCGGUUGGGGACCGUAAAACACACUGGCCGUACUUCUCCGGGGGUUGUAGAUGAUAUCGGCUUGAACGUCCGGGUUUCGACCGUUGCCGAACUUCUGCUGGUACGGGUGAUGGUAGAUCACUUUCGGUUUGUAGGUUAUGCGGAUGGGCCGCGGUGUCGGUGGAGAAACCCGAACGAUCGGU